CGGGCCUGGGCGAGGCACUUCUAAUCCGCCUCUGGGUGGAGAGCAUCGCGACCUCGGGCAGCGCAAAAAGACCUGCGAGCUGACCAUGCGGCCGGACCAAAUUCGGGCACAGCUGAGCGCGGUGGCCUGUGGGCUCCUGCUUCUCUUUGGUGUUCAGGGUCAGGACCCUGCCAGCCCCAUCCGAACCACACACAUGGGGCAGGUGCGGGGGAGCCUCAUCCACGUGAAGGGCACUGACGUGGAGGUCCACACUUUCCUGGGAAUCCCCUUUGCCAAGCCACCUGUAGGGCCACUGCGGUUUGCACCUCCUGAACCCCCGGAGUCUUGGAGUGGCGUGAGAGAUGGGACCUCCCACCCGGCCAUGUGUCCUCAGGAUCUCACUGCAAUGAAUGAAGAUUUUCUGACCACGUUCAAUAUGACCAUGCCUUCCAUCCCCAUGUCCGAGGACUGUCUGUACCUCAGCAUCUACACACCUGCCCAUAGCCAUGAGGGCUCUAACCUGCCUGUGAUGGUAUGGAUCCAUGGUGGUGCGCUUGUCAUGGGCAUGGCUUCCAUGUAUGAUGGUUCCAUGCUGGCAGCCUUGGAGAAUGUGGUGGUGGUCACUAUCCAGUACCGCCUGGGUGUCCUAGGCUUCUUCAGCACUGGAGACAAGCACGCAACUGGCAACUGGGGCUUCCUGGAUCAGGUAGCUGCUCUACACUGGGUCCAACAGAAUAUCGCCCACUUUGGAGGCAAUCCAGACCGUGUCACCAUUUUUGGCGAGUCUGCAGGUGGCACAAGUGUGUCUUUGCAUGUUAUCUCCCCCAUGUCCAAAGGACUCUUCCAUGGUGCCAUCAUGGAGAGUGGUGUGGCCCUGCUGCCUAGUCUCAUGGCCAGCUCAUCUGAUAAAGUCUCCAUGAUGGUGGCCAACCUGUCUGCCUGUGACCAGGUUGAUUCAGAGGCCCUGGUGGGCUGCCUGCGAGGCAAGAGUGAAGAGGAGAUUCUGGCUAUUAGCAAGGCCUUCAAGAUCAUCCCUGGCGUGGUAGAUGGGUCCUUCUUGCCCAAGCAUCCUGAGGAGCUGCUGGCCUCAGCUGACUUCCAGCCUGUCCCCAGCAUCAUCGGGGUCAACAAUGAUGAAUAUGGCUGGAUCAUCCCCAAGAUCAUGGGCAUCUAUGAGCCCUGGAAGGAAACAGACAGAGAGGCCUGGCAAGAAAUUCUGCAGAAAACGUCCCAAGUGUUGAUGUUGCCGCCUCCUGAGAUUGGUGACCUGUUGUUGGAGGAGUACAUGGGAGACAGUGGGGAUGCCCAGACCCUCCAAGCCCAGUACCAGGAGAUGAUGGCAGACUCCAUGUUCGUGAUCCCUGCACUCCGAGUAGCACAUUCUCAGCGUUCCCACGCCCCUGUCUACUUCUAUGAGUUCCAGCAUGAGUCCAGCUUCUUGAAGGACGUCAAGCCACCUCAUGUGAAGGCAGACCAUGGGGAUGAGAUUUUCUAUAUUUUCAGACCCAUUAUGGGGGACAACUACAUUGAAAUCACUGAGGAGGAAGAGCUGCUCAGCAGGAAGAUGAUGAAGUACUGGGCCAACUUUGCUCGAAAUGGGAACCCCAAUGGCGAUGGUCUGCCCCACUGGCCCGUGUUCGACCAGGAGGAGCAAUACCUGCAGCUGGACAUACAGCCCACAGUGGGCCGGGCUCUGAAGGCCCACAGGCUGCAGUUCUGGACGAAGACCCUGCCCCAGAAGAUGCAGGAGCUAAUGGAGGCUAAGGAGGAGCACACAGAGCUGUAGCUGCCCGUGUCAGGGCACGAGUGCCAUGGGGGUCUGACUGAUGUGCCCACACACAGCCUCCAAGGAGCUGCACUUCAUUCCUUCACUCACAUGGCCAUUCAUUCAUUCUUCCAUCCAUCCACUCAGGAAACAUUUAUUAAGAACCUGCUGUGUGAUCUAGCUGUCAAGCUACCUAGGCAUCCUCUCUGUACAAAUACUCAAUAAAUCCUCCCACGAAGCUGGGGAUGGACAAACCCCUGGGAAACCCACCUUCCCCCAUGCUCCACUGGGCUCUAGGCUCUUCCCUUUCUCUCUUCCACUUUCUCCCCACCCAAUGGCUCCUCCCCUCUGAGCUCUCAGGCCUGCCUCACUUUGAGGGAGGUGCUUGGGGAAUAUUGCCCGCAUUGGGUGUCAAAAGCCUAUGUCUCCCAUCUCCGCUUCCCCACGUGCUCUCCUGUCUGUAGGUGGCCAAUAGAAAGCUGGUCACCAUUAGCCCUAAUGCCUUGGUUCAUUCAAGCUGCUAUAACAAAAAUACCAUACCCAGGGUAUUUUACAAAUGGCGGAAGUUUACCACUCACAACUCUGGAAACUGGGAACUCCAGGACCAAGGUGCCAGCAGAGUUGGUGUCUAAUGAGGGUUUAGUCUCUGGUUCAUAGAUGGCACCUUCUCUCUGUCUUCCCAUGGUGGAAGGGCUGACAACAUGAAUCCCUUUCCCCUCCUAAAGACCCCAUCCCUUAAACCAUCCCAUUGGGGAUUAGGUUUCAGCCUGGGAAUAUUGAGGGGACACAUUCAGACCACAGCACCUAGAGCUCCUGGUCUCAGGCACGGAGGUUGCCAACUACUGAAAAGGUACAAGUUCCUGUCACUGCCUAUUGUCCUCCUAGACUAAAUGUCAUCUAUCAUUGACAUUUAAAAAUCCCCCACUCCCCUCACCGUGUCUCACAGAGGUGACUGACCUCUUUUUCUGAGAAACAGGACUGUGCUUCCCAAUAGGUCCCUGGAACCUGGGCCAGCCCUGUGUGGCCAGGACAGCCAGACAGCUCCUUCUCUCACCCAUAUCCUGGGUUUGCUCUUAUUUUCAGUGGCUCUGCAGACACUAUGGUGCCCACACCUCCUUGAGGACAGCAAACCCUGGAUGAUGUUUAUCCGUGGGUGUGUCCUGGAAGUGGGAUUGAGGGGUCAGAAUGUCCAGGAACAUCUAGGAGAACAGAAUUGUCCCUAAACACUGCUCACCUUGAGGAGGGAAAAAAAAACCCUCUUCUGUCUUAUCUCAGUGUGCAAUGGUGGCAAGUUGUGUUCAAUCUGCCUUUGUUCCCCUAAGGCAGUGGUUCAAACCUUCCUAAUGCCUCCUAAUGCCGCAACCCUUUAAUACAGUUCCUUGUAUUGUGCUGACCCCCAAUCAUAAAAUUAUUUUCGAUGCUACUUCAUAACUGUAAUUUUGCUACUGUUGUGAAUCGUAAUGUAAAUAUCUGAUACUCA